GUGAAUUAUAGCUAGUACAGGACAGACAAAAUCAAGAUGAUGUACUGGAUUUUGAAUGAAAGUCUAUCAGUUAUUUUAUUUUUCUUGUGGCUGGGAAUGAAUCUAUACCUCUUUAUUGACACAUUCAACUGGUAUGAAGAUGAUGAUGCUUAUCUCUAUACACGGGUUAUGCUGGGUUCCACACUUGCUUGGGCAAGAGCUUCUGCCACAUGCCUCAACUUUAACUUCUUGCUAAUCCUGUUACCAGUCAGUAGGAACCUUAUUUCAUUCCUCAGAGGAACAAGCUUUUGUUACAGAGGAGUUUUGAGGAGGCAACUUGACAAAAAUAUCACAUUUCACAAGACUGUGGCUUAUGGAAUAGCUGUAAAUGCAACCAUUCAUAUCAUUGCACAUUUGGUCAACAUAGAGCGAUAUCACCUUAGCCAUUCAAAACAAGCCGGAGAAUUGAACAACAAACUGUCUGGCAUUGGUAAGAGAGCCAAUGAAAGCUACUUGAAUCCUAUCAGGAACCAUGACACAAACACAAUUUCUGAUAUAUUAACAACAACUGCUGGAAUGACUGGUCUCCUGAUCACCGUGUCUUUAAUUCUGAUAAUGACCUCAUCCACAGAUACCAUUACCAGAUCAUUCUAUGAAGUGUUUUGGUACACUCAUCACUUAUUCAUUGUUUUAUUUAUUGGCUUGGUUCUCCAUGGUAUGGGAUGGUUCAUCCGUGGCCAGACUCCUCAGAGCCUGUUGCUGCACAAUGUCACAUAUUGUAAAGAUCAUUAUUCAGAGUGGGAGACAGCAGCUCAGUGUCCUAUGCCACAGUUUUCUGGAAAUGACCCUGCGGCUUGGAAGUGGGUCUUAAGUCCUGUGAUACUAUACAUCUGUGAAAGGAUGAUAAGGUUGUGGAGGUUUCAGCAGGAAGUUGUUGUUACAAAGGUAGUGUCUCAUUCCUCUGGAGUUCUGGAGCUUCAUAUGAAGAAAUGUGGUUUUAAGAUGGCGGCUGGUCAGUAUAUCUUUCUUCAGUGCCCUUCGAUCUCACUGUUGGAGUGGCACCCUUUCACUCUCACUUCAGCCCCUGAAGAGGACUUUUUCAGUGUACAUAUAAGGUCAGUUGGAGAUUGGACGGAAGCCCUUUUCAAUGCCUUUGGAGCAAAGGAAAAAGUCUUUCAGGAGCCCUGGAAGCUACCAAGACUAGCUGUGGAUGGGCCUUUUGGAGCUGCAGCAACAGAUGUCUUUCAAUAUCAAAUCAGCGUAUGUAUCGCAGCAGGAAUUGGAGUUACUCCCUUUGCUUCCAUUCUGAAAUCCAUAUGGUAUAAAUGUUGUACUCUAAAUACAGAGCUGAGUCUGGGAAAGGUUUAUUUCUAUUGGAUUUGCCGAGAUCCAUCUGCCUUUGAGUGGUUUGCUGAUCUCCUGUGCUUGCUGGAAGCACAAAUGGCUGAGAAAGGGAAAGCCCAUUUUCUAAGCUAUCACAUAUUUCUUACUGGCUGGGAUGAAAGUCAGGCUACCCACAUUGCCUUACAUAAUGAUGAAAAGGUGGAUAUAAUUACGGGCUUGAAACAAAAGACCUUCUAUGGAAGACCAAACUGGGACACUGAAUUCAAGCAAAUCGCAGAAAAUCAUCCUGGUGACAGCAUUGGUGUUUUCUUUUGUGGACCUAAAGCUCUCUCUAAAAUCCUUCAAAAGAGGUGCAAACGGUAUUCAUCUACAGUUCCAAGAGGUGUUCAAUUUUAUUACAACAAAGAAAGUUUCUAGGUCUUGUUUUGGAAAUCUAUGUGUUUAGGUUAUUGUCUUCUUUAUGUCUAUUGAUUAUGGUAGCAUUGUACUAGCAAGCCAUUUGGUGUUCAGUAAAGGAUAUUAUUGCUUGGAUUGUGUUAUAUUUUAAUCUGUUUCAUCACUUGGUGUACAUUUGAUGGUUUAAAAUGUCCAGCAGGAAAGUUCCUUCCUGCUUCAACCAUCCCAUGAAGUCUGGCAUAAGAUGUAGUCCAAAUUCAUACAUACCACUUUAAAAUGCUUUUCACCAUUUCUCCCCUCUCUUGCUGUAUAAGCGUGGGAAACAAGUGUUAAGUAUACAUGUAUACAUGUGAAACACAGAAAAGAAGUUUUAAGUGCAUUUGUAUCAGAGAUCAGAACUGAUUGAUGUACAUUUAACCUUACUGUGCUUGACAAUCAAUGUGUGACUUUGGCCCUAUCUUAAACCUUAUCACAUGGGCUGCAGGUUCUCAUGAGAAGCUAACAAGCAACCCUAACGAUCACCUUUAUAAAGGUGGUGUACAUAAAUUGGCCUGAUGGAUGUACAACUCAUAUAUCUUACAAAGUGAGCUGAUUCGCAAAAACUCAUGCUUUAAUAAAUGUUAUUAAUCUUUAA